AGGUACUUAGAAGAACAUGUAGUAGAGUUUUUCAUCAAACAAAUGGAACAUAUCACAGAACUUUGCUAAGAUGGACAACUCAGCACGCAAAGACCAACACCCUGACAAAAAAUAUUCCAGCCAUGCCAGCAAAUUACAGAAAGGUUUUACUGCUGCAUAUCCAACACAAUCCUCCAUUCCUUUUAAAAGCCGGACUUCAACAAUUCCAGAAUCAGAAAAAAAGGGAUUCAAUAGUCAAGCCAAGAGAUUUUAUUAUAAAAAGGAUAGCAUCCCAGGUCCGGGGUUCUACAACGUCAUUCACCAAUCUCCAGUGUUCAACAGUGCCUCGUUGUCUAAGAAAGGGACGUGCACUUUUCCCUCUAUGCGCGCCCGGUUGGACACCAUCAUUUCUAAAUACCCUGCAGCGAACGCAUACACUAUCCCAUCACGUCUUGUCUCGAAGAAAGACUUCAGUAAUUCCUGUUCCAGCAUGUUCCAGUUGCCAAGCUUUGCAAAAGUCCUCAAAUUUGAAACUCCUGCACCAAACCAGUACAAUACCUCUGUCUCUUACUGCAAGCAGAGAAACAACAUCUGUGCCCAAGCCGGGUUUCUGUCCAAAACCCAGAGAGGAUUUUUCAGUGUCGCUGAAACGGGACCUGCCCCAGGACAUUAUAAUAUCAACGACUCCCUUGUGAAGCAGUCGCCAAAGGUAUUAAUGUCUUGUUUUAAAUCAAAAACUGAACGUGGAUUAAAACUGACAUCAACGGGCCCUGGACCUGGUUAUUACAACCCCAAUGAUCACACCAAGAUUCUGAAAAAGACUCUUAUCCCGAGAAACCCCAUCCUGAACUUCUCGGCGCAGCCUUUGCCCCUGCCCCCGAAGCCGCCCCUCCCAGGCCCUGGGCAGUAUGAGAUCGUGGACUACGCAGGGCCCCCCAGACACUUCAUCUCCAGUGCAUCAUUUGUGUCCAACACCAGCCGGUGGACAGCGGCCCCGUCCCAGUCAGGCCUGCCAGGCCCAGCCACGUACAGGCCAGAAUUCCCUGGAAAGCAGUCCUUUCUGUACAACGAGGACAACAAAUGGAUCCCGGUGUUGUAGGGCCCUCACACAAGCUCAGGGAGGACCCUGGCCACCAGCUGCCCCACCCAGGAUCGCUGGGACGUUCAUUCAGAGAAUGUCCGUUUCGUGUAGGACAGAUGACUCCCCGUGGGCAGCUCUGCGCCCCUCCCCUCCGCCCCAGCUGCUACUGAGCUGGGCUCCUGCAUUUGUCCUUGUCUUGAGCUGUCCCCUGCAGACCGGACCUCCAUGUCUACUGACUCCAGUGGUUUCCUGAGCAGAAAUGAGGAGUGGACAGAGCCUCUCUUGUUUACCUCGCCGUGCACCUGUCCAUGCUGGCUUCCGCGGGCCUCCCCGCGGAUGUAAGGGGCUGCUGAACUCAGACUCCAGCGAGAAGGUGGCCAACGGCAGAUUCCCCAUCUAGAUGCCUGAUGCUGAGCCGUGGCUCUGGGCUCCAAAGCACACCUGCAGGAUGGACCACACAGGACCGCAGCCCAGGCACACUCGCAUCCUUCAGCCUUGACCCCCAGACUUCCCCUGGAGUCUCCGGAGCUGGGAAGGCCCAG